AUGGGAAACACAUUGGACAAACCCAAGACGGAAAAGGAUACCAGUGUUGGUGUCAGCUCGGAAGAUGGGUUGUCUUGGGGUGUUUCUUCCAUGCAAGGAUGGCGACUAACUAUGGAAGAUGCACAUAUUAUUGCAUCUUGCCAUGCCACUUGUGCUGCACAUCCAAACAAUAGUAAAAGCAGCUGUGAUGCUCAUACUGGCGAACAGUUGAAUACGACCCACAAUGGAAAUCACAAUAGCAAGAACACAAGACCAAGAGACUUGCGUAGUAAGAAAAGUCCGAUCAUUUCUACGGAUCCAAAUAAUGAGGGAGGCCGAACCAAUGGGCAAAACGAGCAUCAUGUGGAUGAAAUAAAAGAACCAACAAACGACGACGAUGGGGAUUUCAAACUUCCUCCACAUCACUAUUUCUUUUGCGUUCUCGACGGUCACGGGGGAGAUUUUGCGGCUUACUACUGUGCCGACCAUCUCUUGCCAAUUUUACUGGAACAAGAUUCGUUUCAAGAGUACGAAAGGAUCUGGAGGGAGACGCUAUCUACCAGUGCUGCGUCAUCCUCAUCCUCCAAGAUGUUUAAAAACAAGAAGCGCAAAACGGAAUGGCAGUCGAAGAAUAAUCAACAUCAACAACAACAACAAGGCAAGAAUAACAACGACUCACAUCAUCAGAACCACUCAAGCAAAAGCAAAUGGAACAAGAAAAAUGCAAACAAGGCAUCGGCGAAAAAGAAGAUUGCCAUUCAUCAAAAGUUGUUGCUGCAACGUGCCCUUGAAGAUGCCUUUGUGGAAUUGGACCUCAUGCUCUUGCAAGAAAUGGUCCUCCAGAAAAUGGUGGUCAUUCCAACUGAUAUGGAUUAUAAAAAUUCUUUGACUGUGGCGGCCUAUGGUACCAACAUGGACGAUGAUGAUUGGGGAACUUAUGACACUAUGGAAGAAGACAAUGCCAGUAGUAGCAGCAGCUUGAUGAAAUCGCAAAAUGCGCAUGGUGAUACGAUUCCUGGAACGACGGCUGUGGCAGUACUGGUGACGCCCGAUUGGAUUCUCUGCGCCAAUUUGGGGGACAGUCGUGCUAGUCUACUGUUAUCAUCGUCCAACCAAAAGGGUAACUCGAUGAUUCACGAGCAACAGAACUCCAACCCACAGCAUACUAACAGUAAGAAGAAGAAGAAACGAAAAGAAAACAAGAAAAAGAAUGGUGCGGUGGCAAAGAAAAAUGACGACGGUGAUUGCGGCCCACCGGAGCAAGCGUAUUGGACCAUUGUAGCAUUGAGUGAGGACCACAAGCCAGAUUUGCCAGAAGAACAAACUAGAAUCGAGGCGGCCAAUGGAAGUGUGACAAUGGGAGGGCGUGUCGAUGGAGAAUUGGCGGUGUCGAGAGCAUUCGGAGACUUUGGCUUCAAGGAAACCUAUCCUCGCCACCUUUAUAAUUGCCAAUCACCUUCAUCCAUCACGAAGCGACAGAAUCGACGGAGAAAAAGACGAAUGCAAGCUAGACUGCAAGGGGAUGUGAGCAGCAAUGGAAUUGAUGAAAAAUCAGAGGGAGAGAAAGAAGAGGAUCUUGAUUGGGAGCGCCAACGGACAAUGGCUCAGCAAUUGAAAGUAUCUCCCUUCCCCGAAGUUUUUGCAUAUCCACGAGGCGAACUGAAGCAUGAAGAAGCAGAUAGUCCAAAUUGUCGAGAGAAAAUUCUUCUAUUGGGCUGUGACGGUAUUUGGGAUGUCAUGACAAAUGAACACUGUCACAAGUUGGUUCAAGAACUUUUGGCCGAGAGGGAAGCCAACAUGGGGUUGGUAGCUGAAGAGAUCUUGGACACAUGCCUAAAAAAGGGGUCCAGAGAUAAUAUGACAAUGAUGGUCGUCCAUUUUUCAGAUUUAGCGAUUGAUGCUGGUGGAAGCCAGACUACCUCAUCUGGCGGGGGUGUCUUGAAAAGGCGAAAGCAACGAAACUCUGCGAACCAAGGCUAA